CGGGGCGCGCCGCCGCGGCCGGCCCGGCCGAUGGCGGGGGCGGCCCCGAUGGCCGGCCGGCCGCAGCCGGACGGCAAGGCCAGCGACUACUACCAGGUGCUGGGUGUGCCCUUCGAGGCGACGGAGGACGAGAUCCGGCAGCGCUACCACGCCGUGGUGCGCACGCUGCACCCCGACCGCCGGCGGCCCGGGGACGAGGUAACCGACCGCUUCCACCAGGUGCAGAAUGCGUGGCGCUGCCUGUCCGACGCCACCCGGAGGCUGCUGUACGACCUGCGCAACUUCGGGCGCUCCUCGCUCUCGCAGGACGGCUCUGGCCCCGAGGGCUUUGCGCUGCAGGAGGAGAAGCUGGUGAGCCUGCAGAAGGAGCAGGCGCUGCGCGACAUCGACAACAUGCAGGUCGUCCUCGAGAAGGCUCGGCGGGGAAGGGCGGGGGCGUCCUGGUCCGCACCGCCCUGUACGGGGACCUGCGGCUGCGGGAGGAGCUGCUGGAGGAGUGCUCGUCUGGGCAGCGGGCCAUCCGGGCCGAGGACCUUGUGGGCCCCGUGCUGGAGGUGGCUACGCCGCUGCAGUGCCUGGUGGAGAAGCACACCAUCAUGCUGCCGGGGGGCGCAGCGGCCUCGAAGGCGGACCUGCCUGGCUUCUACAACCCGCUGCCCCUGUGCAACGAUGCGGAGCUGAGCCUGUACGUCCUGUACGAGUUCAAGGGGGCCCUCCACGAGGUCAUCGCCGGCGACAGGGAGACCCUCUCCAUGCCCCUGCGCCGGCACGCGGUGCCCGCCGGCAGGGAGCCGCGCGGGCCGUUCAGCCCGGCGAACGUCCUCCAGCUCCACCGCCGCGCCGCGGGCGCCCCGCCGCCGGCCCCGCCGGGCCCCGCGCGCUCGCCGCGGGGCGACUCGCCCGCUGCGGCGUUGCCGUCCGCCGGCGCAGCGCGUGCGCUGCGCGCGGCGCGGGCGCGGGCGCUGGCCGCUGCCGUGGCCGAGUACCGGCUGGGGGGCCUGUGGCCCGCUCCGCAGCCCGGGGAGGCCACCCCGCAGGAACUGCUGGCGGUGGCGCUGGGUGCGGCCCUGUGCUUCGCGGGGGCGGCCUGGGUGGCGCGGUGCCCGUGA